UUCAAGAAAUUCUGUAUCAAAUUCUUCUCUACCAGAGAUAUCCCACUUGAGUUUAAAACACUAAAUAUAAUAAUAACAAUAAACGUUGCUAUGGAAGAAGGACAAGAGUUAAACAAAUGGGAAGGGUAUGUAAAUUGGAGGAAUAAACCUGCUAAGAGAGACCAACACGGUGGCAUGCUAGCAGCCUCCUUUGUCCUAGUGGUGGAGAUACUGGAGAAUCUAGCUUUCCUGGCUAAUGCAAGCAACCUUGUGCUAUACCUUUCAAAGUUCAUGCACUACUCUCCAUCAAGUUCUGCAAACAUUGUUACCAAUUUCAUGGGAACAGCCUUCCUCCUUGCUGUCCUUGGUGGCUUUUUAUCGGAUGCUUUCUUCACCACCUAUCGCCUCUAUUUGACAAGUGCUGCAAUAGAAUUCAUGGGCUUACUGAUACUCACAGUGCAAGCUCACACACCUUCAUUGAAACCACCAAUUUGUGCUUCAGCAAGCACUGAAAUUCAAUGCGAGAAAGUCAAUCUGCAGAAAGCAGCCAUGUUGUUUACUGGACUUUAUCUGGUGGCACUAGGUGUUGGUGGAAUAAAAGGUUCACUUCCCCCUCAUGGAGCUGAGCAAUUUGAUGAUACCACCCCACAAGGGAGGAAGCAGAGAUCAUCCUUCUUCAAUUACUAUGUUUUCUCCCUCUCUUGUGGAGCUUUAAUUGCAGUAACAUUUGUGGUAUGGAUUGAAGACAACAAAGGGUGGCAAUGGGGUUUUGGUGUUGCUACUGCUGCAAUACUGGCUUCUAUCCCCGUUUUUCUCCUUGGCUCUCCUAUUUACAGGACAAAGAUUCCAGCAGGAAGUCCCAUUACCACAAUGUUUAAGGUUUUAAUUGCAGCAGUUUACAACAAUUGCAAGUCUAAGAAUCCAAGCAAUGCAGUCAUGGGCAUGGAGACAAGUCCCUCAUCCUACACUACUGAAACCGGUGAAGAAGGGAAUGCUACCAAGGUGAAGGUCCCAAGUCAGACUCUUACAGAAGACCUGGAGUUCCUAAAUAAAGCAGUCACAGAACAAACAGUUAGCCCAAUGUUACAGUGUACGGUAAAGCAAGUAGAAGAGGUGAAGGUAGUGCUUAAAAUAAUCCCAGUUUUUAUGUGCACUAUAAUGCUGAACUGCUGCCUUGCUCAGCUCUCUACCUUUUCUAUUCAACAAGCAGCCACCAUGAACACCAAGAUUGGUUCCUUAAAAGUUCCACCAGCUUCUCUACCUGUCUUCCCUGUCAUCUUCAUGAUGCUCAUUGCACCAACCUAUAACCAUGUCGUGAUUCCAUUUGCCAGGAAAGUAACCAAGACUGAAAUGGGAAUCACUCAUCUCCAGAGAAUAGGAACAGGGCUGAUUCUAUCCAUCAUUGCAAUGGCAGUGGCAGCUAUAGUGGAAAUGAAGAGGAAAAAGGUAGCAAUCGAGUCGGGGCUACUUAAUUCUGCGGAGCCUCUACCGAUCACAUUCCUAUGGAUAGCUCUCCAGUACUUGUUUCUGGGAUCUGCUGAUCUUUUCACCUUAGCCGGCAUGAUGGACUUCUUCUUCACCGAGGCCCCGAAAAGCAUGAGAUCUUUGGCCACUUCCCUCUCUUGGGCUUCACUUUCCAUGGGAUACUAUUUCAGUUCAGUGCUUAUAUCAAUGGUCAACAAUAUUACCAGCAUCUUUCGACACACGCCAUGGCUUUUUGGUAGCAAUUUGAAUCACUACCACCUAGAGAGGUUUUAUUGGUUAAUGUGCAUACUUAGCAGUCUAAAUUUCUUCCAUUAUCUCUUCUGGGCAAACCGUUACAAGUACAGAACAGAAAGCACAGCUGAUUAAAAUAUCUAGAGAUCGACUAGUUGUGGUCAACCAAAUUCAUCAGUUGUACACCCCAUUUAUAUGAAUGAUUAAUGUCUAAUACCUUUUCACUUACAUUUGAAUCAGCUAAUAAACGAGUCAAGAAAUGGCCGCAAAGUUGGCAGAGUGCACAAA